CUGCGACCCAGAAACGCGGCGAAUAAACAGCGGCAACGUGCUCGUACUCGUGGGCUCGUCGGAAUUUUUUAAAUUCCACACGACCCAGUAUGGAGCAGCAAGCCGAUACAUCAGGGAUAAAUUUUAAGACUGAUAAAGGAGUGGAAACAGUUCUGAUGGGUGAAAACAGUUGUGGACCACCAUCUGGAGAAAUGAACUUCUCUCAAACAAGUGAUAGCGUCCUAAUGCAAGGAUGCCAGAUAAAAGUACCUACACAAAUGGGCACUGGUUUGGACGAAGAAGACACCAGGACUUGUGGAACUGGAUCUGGCAGCGGGGUGGCCCAGCCUCCUAGCGAGAAUGGAAAUGUAAAUGAAGAGUCCGAUUCCUUACCUCAUAGCCCUAGCAUGAAUGGAAAUCUGGUUAAAGAAUCUGAUGACGUAUCUCAUUGUACUGAGCUCCACCAGUGUGCCAUAGAAACUGAAAGUGAAAAGCUGGUAGAUGAAGGAUCUGAAGAGGAAGCUAUGGAUAUGUGUGUGGCUGCUCAGCUAGAGACUCUUAACUUUUCCAGUGACCCUGAAGGCAAUGAUGUUUUAAACCAACAAGAACAGUUGCCAACAGUUAACAAAGAUGUUCCUCAAGUGCAUGUUGUUGUUGAAGCUGAUGCAGGAUUGACUGAAAGCAGUCAGGAAAGUAGCUCAUCAGAGGAUUCUUCUGAUAGUGAUUCAGACUCUUCAUCUUCCUCUUCCUCCUCAACUUCAUCUUCAUCCACUUCCUCAUCUCUCCACCUUUCUGACAUUGAAGAUGAAGACCCUGUGUCAAUUGGGAAAGACAGAACCCCCCAACCAGUGAAAACAAAAGAUGAAAUCAUAUUAGAGGAUCUACCGGAUGUAGAAGACGUCACAAUCAUUGUGCCAGAAAAUGUUGUUUUAAAGCCCGUUGGUGUAGUGUCAAGUAUAGUUGAACAGUUAGUAAUCAUAGAAUCACUGAAGGACACGCUGCCACUUCAAGAUGAAAGUAUCAUCUUUAAUGAGAAACGACUUGCAGUUGGAAAGGUGUUUGAAAUAUUUGGACCAGUCUUCCAUCCCUAUUAUAUUCUGAGGUUUAAUUCACCAGAACAUAUUGAAAAAAAAGAGAUCAAAAUGAAAGACACAAUGUUUUUUGCCCCAGAUGUGAAAGAUUUGACAGAAUAUAUAUUACCAGAAAAACUUAAAAGUGAAAGAGGCUCUGAUGCGUCAUGGAAAAAUGAUCAGGAACCACCGCCUGAGGCUCUUGAUUUCAGUGAUGAUGAAAAAGAAAAAGAAGCAAAACAAAAGAAAAGGAAGCCUCAGCAAGCAAAAAAGCAAAACUUUUCCAAUAAUACAUUUGCAGACCCUGUGCCAUUUGGGAAAACUCAGACGUCCACUUAUAAAAACGAAAGAGGAUUCCAGGACUGGGGAUACAAUUCACAUUCUGCAGCAGGGUUUCAAAAUCAGGCCGGCAGAGGAUUUUCCGCCCCUAGGCGACCAUUUAAUCCACAUUCCCAAGGGCGUUACAUGCCAACCAACUUUCCUCCUUUUGGAAAUAGGAUGAUGCCACCACCUCCACUACCGCCACCUCCACUGCUACCACCUCCAGUGAAUCCUUGUAACCAAAACAAUGUUAUGUUGCCCUGUCCUUUUCCGCCACCACCAUUUCCAGGCUCUGGAUCACAUGUCAUGCCUCCAUUUCCAUUUAUGCCUCCACCACCCCCACCCCCACCUCCUCCUCCCCCACCUCCUCCUCCUCCUAUGAAUAUGAAAUGGACUAAUCCUGAAAUGGGGCAGCGAAUGCCAGUGCACAAUGCACCUUUCCCCCCGCCACCUCCUUUGUCUAACCCACAAUAUUCAGGACCUCGUUUUCCUCCUCAGGGUGGGCCUUCAUACUAAAUGGGUUUUUUUUUUGGCUUCUUGCUGUUUUUUUAUUUUACUGCUUUGAAUAGUUCAGAGUAUAUAUAGAUAACUAUCAGAUUAUAUGAAAAUUAAACCAUACACUAUGUCCUCAAGGUAAAUAUCUGAUUACAUUAAUAUUGACAUCUCUGUAAAUUUGAUGGUCACUUUUUUCAGCAAGAUCAGUAGAUAUUCUAAAUUGUCAUAUAAAUGUUCUGUGGACCAAGUUUUAUAAACAAAUGUAAGAAUGUAGCACACUGAUACUCUUUUGAACACUUGUGUGCUAGUGACAAAUUUAUAUAUUUAGUUUGUUGUUGUCUUCUUUUGUAUCUGACCUAGUAUUUGCAGUGAUGUUUGCAAAUUUUGAUUGAAACAUAAUGGACAUAAAAGCUGAAAUUGUAAACAUGUGUUUUCUUCCUAUAACAAAAUAGAAUUAGUAAAUUACUAUAAUAAUAA